UCAAAUGGUUGACAUUGUUUGGAAGUUAUAUAACUUUCCCGAUUAAAGUUGGAGAAAAUUUAUUCUUCUUUCUCAUCGAAUCCACAGAUUUGCUAGCUAGGGCACGCCUCUUCUCUCUCACUCUCUCCGCGGCCUCCUCUCAGAUUUGCGCCGCUACGCAAAUCCUGGUCCUUAUUCCAGGGUUUAAGAUUCUAGAUUUCAAGACUCAAAAAGGAUCAGUCGAAGUUCAAAGAAGCAUUAUUUUCGUAUUGCUGUUUGAAAGAAAGAUAGCAUUUUCACCGGGUUUUAGGGUUCAUAAUCUUAUUUGAGUCAUAUUUCAGCAACAAUGUAUCUUCAGUUUUACAUAAAUGAUAAUGGUGAUAAAGUUUACACUACCAAGGUAAUGGAUCUUCAUUGAACUAAACAUCAUGUUAUGUUUUUCUUCAUUUAAAGAUUAAUUUUUCAUUUGUAAUAACCAUAUAUUAGUUCAUGAGAGAUGAUGACAUGUUUAAGGACUCUAUUUAUAUAUGCUAAUAAGCGAAAAUGUCAGUAAGGCUCUGUUUGGUUAAACAACUUAUUUGCAGCUUAAACACUUAUGUAUAACCCAUUUUUGUAGCAAAAGAUAAAAGAAAGUUAAUUUUUUUUUGUUUGAUUGUUUUCAUAAACUAUCUUGGAGAACUUAUGAAAAUAAGCUGAAAACAACUUAUAAACAUAAACAUAAACAUGUCAUAAGCUGUUUUCAUAUGUUCUCCCAAACAACCUUACUCAACUUAUGUCAUAUGUUUUCAUAGCCACUCGUUGUUUAACAUUUUACAAUAAGAAUUUAUAUUUUUUCAAAAAAAGAAAAGAAAAGAGUUCCCCCCAUUCUUCCUUUCCCUUCCUCUCCACCGGCCGAACUCACUCCAUUCCGCCUCUCCGCCGGUCACGAACUCACUCCGCCUUCAUCCUUCUUCACCUCACGUUCUCACACCUCCAGCCACUAUUCACGUUCUCUCGUCUUCAGAGGUAUGCUUUUCUCCGUAUCACGUACUCAAAUUUCUACAAUUUUUUGCCUAUAGUUGAAAACCCUAAUUAAAAAAUUACCCCCAAUAAGUUGUCUUAAUAAAUUAUGUCUUUUUUCAUAACAAUAUACUCUCGCCAUUCCUUUUUAAGCGUCGUUUUGGAUUGCACUGUUCACAUAAUCUACUUUGACCAUGAUAUAUAAACCCAAAUAUUAGCAAAUAAGUACAAAUAUUUUCAAAAUAUAAAAUUUUCAUAUUUUUUUUUAUAAUAGAUAAUUAAAGAUACUAUGAUUAAAUUUAUGCAUUGGAAUGUGUGCAGCAGUGAUAAAAACGACACUUAAAAAAGAGGGAAGGAAAAGAUCAAGUUAUGUAUGGAAGUUUUGUUUUGAAUAUGUAGUUGAUGUUUUGCAAAAGAUUGGAUUGGAUUUAUGAACUGAUUGUCUUUUGAUGUAGUUUUGUAAGUGACCUGGGUUUGUCAUGGAUUUGGAAUUGGAUGAAACAUGAAGCUUAUAUAUAGCUAUUAUCUUUAUAUGAGACAUUCUGUUUUGAAUCUGGAGGGUUUGGUUGUUUUUCAAGAUUAUGGUGUUUUGAUGCAAUCGUUUGGAAACUGAUAGAUUAUGUCUUUCUUUUUGCUAUGUUGAUUUUGGUGUAAUUUUAAGUAUUGUCCACUAUAACAAGUUAUAUCUGAGUGAUUUCUUUCUUGGUGUGGUGCUCUUUAGCUUCAAAAUAAAGUUCUAUUCUUUUUUCCAAUGUUUUUCUUUUGUGAACUUGAGUUAUUUUCAUAGCUAUAUUCUUGUGCAGUCUCUAUCUUAGGUGAGGAUUGCCUCUAGUAUAUAAACACUUAGUCAGACCAUCUCUCAACCGAUGUGAGACUCUUAACACACCCCCUCACGCCCAGCACUAUUGGGCUUGGUGCGUGGAUAUAAACGGUAGGUGGCCCGAUAGCGGAAACCUGAUAACAGGUGGCCCAACGGAUCGUAGAGAGGCUCUGAUACCAUCUUAGAAUUGAGUAUUGAGCCUAACUCAUCCUUACAAAACCGGCUUGUAAAGUGAAGAUUGCAUCUUGCUUAUAAACAUUCAUUUAGGCCAUCUCGCAACCGAUGUGGGACUCUUAACAUUCUAAUUUAUGUCUUUUUUUAGUUACAGAUUUAGUGAAAACAACAUUAGAUUUAUGUAUUACUAAUUCAGGGGUGUGUUUAAGUUGUUGGUUCCUUCACUUGUUCUGUUUAUUUUGCCUCUUGUGCUGUAAAUCGUGUUUCGACUCUUGUCAUUUGUGUCUUAACCAGAUAGUGCAGUGUCUUUUUUAUGCUUCUAGAUUCUGGUUAUGUACUUGAUGCUUAGGAUUAUGUAAUUGUGAGGGUGUCUUUAUCUAUCAAUUUCAGUUCCACUCAUUCUUUUGGUUUUUCUUCCAUUUAUAUGCUGCCUUUGUGAUAUUUUAACUAAACCUGGUAUGAUUUCAUCACUGUAAUUUUUUUUUAUUGUUUUUAUAGUUUUUUCUUAUCCUAAUUGUAUAUUCACUAUGAAAUAUAAUUUUGUUAUCUUACUGACAUUGAACAUGUUCAAUUGAACAUAUUAUGUAUUUUGAUUUUGCUGUUAUAUGUGUAAAUGAUAGAAAUUUUGGGCACAAACAGUAAAAUCUGAGAUUUUAGCUACUUAUCAUGUUUUUGCCACUCAUUUCACUACAUUUAAUAAUGCUGAUGCUACUUUAUUCCAUUUAUAUUCAGAAACUCAACUUUUUGUUAUUAGCAAUUGAGGAAAGGAAAGUUUAAUGUUAUUUAGUUAUAUACUAUGUUGCGUUUUAGAAACCAUUCUUGAUGACAGGAUAUCUAUAAAACGGGAAAUGAAUCCUUUCGCAUAAAUUGUAUGUACUAGUGAUAUCAGAUUCUAAGAGUGACAAAACUUGAGUUGUUUGUGCUCGUGCCCUUAUCUCAUUUGCUGCCAUUUCUUUUAGUUUAUUACUAUUCUUUUGCUGAUAUACACAUGUAUGCAAGCACUGCUUAAUCUCGUGAAUUUGGUGUCACAAGUUGUCAAUGAUGUUGUCUAGUACUAGUAAGUAGUAUAUGUGUGUCCAUUGUGAAAGCUAUUUUUUAGGUGUCAUUUAAUUAAUUCUCUCUAUUGCAUUUGCAUUCAUACACACUUCAAGUGUACAUUGUAAUAUAUCAUGCGACACUUCAUAUAUCAAAUAUACGCAAGUCGUGAUGCUUUUCUUGAUUUGUAUGAAAUGAAUAUGUCAACUAUUGUAUGAAAAAAUGGUUGAACAUGUUUAGGAGCGAAAUUGGCCUCCAAAAGUGAAGUAGAAAGCGAAGAGAAACUAAACAAAAACGAAAAGAAAGUGAGAGCCUGCUCAUCGUUAAAGAAUUGGAAUGGAUUUCAACACCCCAAUACGAUCCAACACCACGCCCCUCUCCAAUCCAGUCUUCAAAUCUAAACUCAUUAUCUUAAACGAAUGGUGGCUCAUGAAGCCUCAAAACCAGUGCAAGGGUUUAGCUCUUGCUGGCAUUGCUUCAAUGGAGAGAGAAAGAAUGUUUCUAUCUUCUGUGAUUGUAAAGAGGCAUGAACCCAAUGUUGUAGAGACUGAAGAUGGCAUCACAAUAAUCUUCCGUGGUUUUAUUAACUCCUCUCGUACAUCUCAAAAUGGAUUUUCCUCUGAUGUAUGUCGCCGGUUCUUAGUUGGAUUUCCACACAAUUGGAAAAAUUAUUUUGUUCAUAGUUCAGGAAAUGAAUGUCAAUAUGUGGAUAAAGUUACCGGUUUUGAUGACUCAAAUGCUUCUUCCCACAAAAAAACAGCUGAUGAGAAUUCACAGGAAGUUAUGGAAGCUGAAGAUAAUGGAAAUAUUGUGAGUAUUAGGUUGCCUCAACCGCAGGUUGGCAUGGUUGAUAAUGGUGAAAAUGUAGUCUCAGAUGUUAACGAAUUACAUGCUUCUUCCCACCUAAAAACAGCUGAUGUGGCUUCGCAUGAAGCUAUGGAAGCCGAAGAUAAAGACAAUAUUGCGAGUCUUAGGUUGUCUCAACCGCUGGUCAACGUGGGUUAUAAUGGUGAAAAUAGAGUCUCAGAUGUAGACGACUUGAAUGCUUCUUUCCACAAAAACACAGCUCAUGUGAUUUCACAUGAACCUAUGGUAGCUGAAGCUAACGUCAAUAUCGGGAGUCUUAGGUUAUCUCAACCGCAGGUUGAUUUGAUUAAUAAUGGUGAAAAUGGAGUCUCAAUUGUUGCAGCAGCUGAAAGUAGACAAUCUUUGAUGAGUGUGUUUGAAUUUGAUCCUAUUCAUGAGCAAAGCAAUGUUAGGUCUCCACUUAACCCAAAGAAAUUGGAAUUUGAACAGUUAUCAAGUGACCGCAAGGAGAAAAAACGUAUCAAGAAGAAGAUUGUAGAGGGUACAAGUAGUUUGUGUAAAAAGGUGCUGACAAGAAGCAUUGCCAAAAAAAGCCACAUGAUGCUUAAAAGGGAUGUGAAAGCUGAAGUAAAAUGUUCUAGUAGUCCUGUUAGAAGAUCUCCCAGGGUACUUAAUUAUGGAAAAAAAAUUAGCUAUUUGGAUUUUUUUGAAGAUUUGGAUUUUUUUUGAAGAUAUAUAGGUGUAGUUGGCAUAGGAUUUGGGGUCCUUUGGAAUUUUCAAACUGGUGCCUCAGGAAGCAUAUAUUCUAUAAGUUUUAGAGUUUGCUUUUGUUUUAAACUUUUACCCCUUUUUGGGAUGUUGAAUUAAAGAUAUAUCUUUAGUGGGUAUAUAUA